AUGAAGCGUCGUUUAGAUCCGACUGUCGACAAUUCAAAUAGCAUCGAACAGCAACGCUACAAGCUAAAUACUAAUGAAGAACGAUUGAAUCUAUUUGAAGAUUGGCUUCGUAAACAUAAAGUUCUCUAUGACAAUACAGAAAUUCGCUUUGCUGAAUUGUACAAUGGCUUUGCUCUAUACAGUACAUCUUCCGAACAUCCACCGGACAUUCAAAUUCCAACAUGUUUGUUAAUGUCUACCGAAUCUGCAAAGAAUAGUUCAACGUUUACUAUGCCAACAUCUGAUCUUCUCGAACAGGGCGAAGAACACAUUGAUCAAGAAACGUUAAUUCUCUCGUUAUUUCUCCUUCAUGAACGUUCGAAAGGUAUUCAAUCUCAUUGGUAUCCGUAUAUUCAACUACUACCGCAAACAUUCUCAACACCAUUGUUCCAUAAAGAAAAUUAUCUCGAAAGCACACCUGUUUUCUAUUUAUCUCAAACAAUGUAUCAUUCCAUGAGUGAAGUGUGCAAUCUGAUACAUUCCCAUACAUUCACUUUAGAAGAAUUUCUUUGGGCAUACACGGUGAUUAGCAGUCGGGCUUUUAAAAUAGCUGAAAUAGGUACGACAUUGAUACCUGUCGUCGAUCUUGCUAAUCAUGUUUCAUUGGCUCGGGAAGCAAACCUAGCAACGAAAGGUAUUGAUAAACAAACGGAUCGAUUUGUAUUGACAACGACUGAAAAGAAGAUCGUACAAGGAGAAGAAUUGUGCAUUCGAUAUAAUGAAUUAGCGAAUUGGCAGUUAUUACUCUAUUAUGGUUUUGCUAUUGAGAACAAUGCAUUUGAUUCGGUUUUUCUUCAAUUAAAAAUCGAUCCUGACGAACCAUAUGAAAUGGAAAUGAAGAAAACGCUUCUAUUAAAUCUAGAUGACGAUUUGUUCCUUGAUCAUGAACUUCAAAUCACUGAAGACCAACCGAUCAUUACCGACAAUCUACUCGCUACUCUUCGUUUACUUGUGAUGACAGACGAAGAACUACGACACUAUACCAUAUCGAAUAUCGGUGAACUCGUUUCAUCAAUAGUAAACGUUGACAAUGAACGACGAGUACUCCAUAAACUAUUAGAAAUCUUAAAUGAAUUCAAAGAAGCAACAUUUACAACGACAUUGGAAGAAAAUCUUCAACGAUACCAGUCAACUGAUCUAACUGACGAUGAACGAUUCUCAUUGAUCUAUCUAAUUGGCCAAAAGCAGAUUCUAGAAAACGCACUUCAAUGGGCACAAAAUGCCCUUACUCAGUUAUCCUAA